GGAAUGUCUCGAAUUCAAAAAUAGUAUCAUUGAAUACGACUUUGAAAUCAAUGAAAAUUUUAUCACUGAACGGAUCUUCAACGAUAACAAUAAGGAUCUCAUGAUAAACAAGAAGAUAUUUACUACU